AUGGAGUGCUAGUGUCACUCGUAAUUCGUAAUCACUCUUAGCACAGGCGGCGCGCGAGCCGUACUGACUUUCCUCGUCCGAAGAAAUGUCGUCGACGACGGCGACCGCCGCAGCGGCGUUCGAGUACUCUCCGAGUAAACAUUGAAACAUGUCCGGACCGGAUGGUCGUAUGCAGACCCUCGGUCAACUCUGCGACGACGAUACGGGCAUUCGAACGGGUGCGAGAGUGAUUUGCGCGGUCUGUGACAAGAUUGACAAGCUGUCGAGGUGCUCGCGCUGCAAAGUCGUCUUCUACUGCACGAAGGAGCACCAGAGACGCGACUGGAAACGCCACCGGGAGUUUUGCGCGACUCAUCCCGCGGCCACCGUGCCUGCGGAAGAGCCGUUCCCCGUGCCUGCCGUUGUCGUCACGAACGAGAGUUCCGAAGGCGAGACCUCGUCUAAGAAGCGGCAUCCCUCUGUCGGUAAUCGCAAAGCCCCGAAGGCUGCCGUUCCUAACCUAAACAAGACCGACAAGACCUCGGCUGCACCGCGAGACUUGAACGUCAGUAACGUCACCUCGGACUCGUGUCGGAACGCGAAGCAUCCAGCAGAUGUGCAGGUAGGAAACGAAUCGAGUCAGCAAGAACGGAAAAGGAAUCAGAAUCUGAAGAAGAAGUCGAAUAGCGGAAAGGCAAGGAGCACGCGAAAUAACAAAGCCGAUGGCUGGACGUCGCCUAUAACGUAUGAGGGAAGUUCAGAGGACAUUAUACUGGGAGCUCGAGCCGAGCUCCUAAAUCCUAUUUUAGAGAGCUCGAGGAUUUUCGAUAGUUUGAGCAACGCCGAUCUUGGCUCAACCGCUCAACAUCGUAACGGCAUGAAGAACUUGUCGGAGAUACAGGAUCAGGAAGAAGACUUUUCGCCUCCUUUUCUACAUAGGAACAGAAGUAAUCUUGAGGAACUUCUAGACAAAAUUUGUCAAUAUGUGAUAAGGGACAUGGACAAGUACGGCGUAUGCGUGGUAGACAAAUUUUUAGGCAAGGAGAGAGGUCUUAAAGUGUUAAGUGAAGUGUUAAAUAUGUAUAGAGCCGGAUUAUUUCAAGACGGACAAUUGGUUUCCAAUAAAGGUAGCGCAAAUGACUUAAAGACGAUACGUGGCGAUGAGAUCAUAUGGCUGGAUGGAAAGGAAGAACAGUGUGAAAAUAUUGGCACACUGAUUUCCCAGGUCGAUGCAAUCAUUAUGAGAGCCAAUAAAAUGCACAAUAAUGGCAAAAUAGGAAAUUAUACCAUCAAUGGAAGAACGAAAGCAAUGGUAGCUUGUUAUCCCGGUCACGGUUCACAUUAUGUGAAACAUGUGGAUAAUCCUAACCGAGACGGACGUUGCAUCACAGCCAUUUAUUAUCUUAAUCGAGAUUGGGACGUUAAGGAAAAUGGCGGACUUUUAAGGAUAUUUCCUGAAGGUUGGCGCGAUCAAGUAGCAAACAUAGAACCUUUGUUCGACAGGAUAUUAUUUUUCUGGUCGGAUAGGCGAAAUCCGCAUGAGGUGCAACCAGCGUUUAAAACUAGAUAUGCCAUUACACUUUGGUAUUUCGACGCCGAAGAAAGGAAUCAAGCUUGUCGAAGAUAUCAAAGAGAAAGAGAACUACAUACGAAAAAUAGUGGUUCGUGAGAUAUAGGACAUGAAGAAUUAUUACGCCGUCCGUUUGGACUAAAAACUACUUGUAUAUAAAAUAUGUGUAUUAAAAUAAAAUAUGUAUUAUUAUGUAUUAUGAUAAUUUUUGCAGGAGGAAUUGAAUAACGU